GUAAGUGAGGGGGAGAGACCGUAAACAGCUGCAGACACUGACCGGUUUUAUAGAUGUUUCCCGGUGUCCAUAUGGAAACGAGCCUCGGUCUCUUAGCUUUCAUACACCUGGACGUUCAUUAAUACACGCACGAGCUCAACGUUUUUUGACACCGGUGGGCUCUUCAUUGAUGGCUUCUGCUAGCUAUUCCGUUAAGCUGAUAGCAUACGACUGUGUUGGUGCAAAUACACCAACCCACCCCUAUAUGAUGAUGCUACUGUGUACAGAUAGGGUAGACCCACCUGUGGGCUCGCGUUUAACCUGUUAAGAGUAUUACCGAGUAAGCUAUUUGUAUAUAUGAAGUUCUUGGUGUGUAAGCGGAAGUUGGAGAGUAAGAAGGAAGCCCUCCUCAUCCUCUCCAAGGAGCUGGACACCUGUCAGCAGGAAAGAGACCAGUACAAGCUGAUGGCCAACCAGCUGAGAGAACGCCACCAGGGACUCAAGAAGAAGUACAGGGAACUCAUUGAUGGUGACCCCUCUUUGCCACCUGAAAAACGCAAUCAAGUGAACCUGGCUCAGCUGCUGAGGGACUCAAGGGAACGAACAAAACAGCUUGCCGAGGAGGUGAAGGAGCUCACUCAGAGGCUUGCAGAGGCCCAGGGGGAUAACAAGCUCCUGAGGAUGACCAUUACUCGACAGAGGCUGGGGGAUGAAGAGGUCGGGGUGCGUCACUUCCCCGCCCAUGAGCGUGAGGAUCUGGUUUGCAAGCUAGAGAGAGCUGGGCUACAGAUGGAGGAGAUGGAGAACAACAUGAAAGCACUGACAGACGAGCUCCAGGACGUGAAGGCAGAGCGCACUGUGUUCAGAGAGAAGGCGGAGCGACUAAAUAUGGAGCUGAAUCAUAUUUUGGGGAACCAUGAGGCUCGCAUCAUUGAUGUGGACGCCCUGUGCAUGGAAAACAAGUAUUUACAUGACCGUUUAAAUCAACUGCAAGAGGAGGUGAACCUGCUGAAGUCAAACAUCAUGAAGUACAAGACAGCCCUGGAGAGGAGGAAAAACUCCAGCACAUAUGGGAAAUCAAAUAACAGUCCUCUUACUGGAGUCCUCUCAGCCAAACAAGUUCAAGAGAUGCUUCUGGAAGAGCAGGGCUGCAGUCUACCAGCCACGCCUCAGUCAAUCUCCGACCUCAAGUCUCUCGCCACUGCUCUCCUGGAGACGAUCCAUGAGAAGAAUUUGGUCAUCCAGCACCAGAGACACAGCAACAGGAUCUUGGGAAAUAGAGUUGCAGAUUUGGAAAGGAAGCUGAAGACCUUGGAGGUUUCAGGAUUAUGGAGUCUUCCAGAGAGUAACUGGGAGCGUUUUCUCCUUGGCGCUGAUGUUACAGGGACAAGAGACAGUAUCACACUAAAUGAGAACCUUCAGCCAGAGCUCCGUCCUACACGUGUCACGUCUCAGCCAAACAUGCAGCCCAGAGUGCAUCCACCCAAAGUUCUUUUAGACGACAGAAGUUCACAUGAAUCAUCUUGGGAGUGCCACACCGCUGGCGCUGACCUUGGCACAGAUGGUGUCAGCAGGGAAGACGCACCUGCACUGCACAGCAGCCUGGAGACUCUUGACAGGGUGGAGACGAAUGGGAUUGACAGAAGGGGGGGGGAGCUGGUGACCCUUACAGAAGAUGCAGGCGUAGAGCUGGAGGAGGGGCGGAGCCCUGUGGAAGAGGCAGGGCAUGAGAUAGAAGGAGUUGAUGAUGAUGAAGAGCUGGGUUCCACAGUGGAGGAAGGAGAGGAAGCAGCUCUGGCGCUGGAUGUCCCACAAACUGAAUCAGACCUUCAGUGGCUUUCAAUUAAACAAGCUUCUGUCAGUCAUUCGGAGGUGGGUCAGUGGCCCUGUGAAUCCCAGAACAGUGAGUCCGAUAAUGUACCUGAACAUGAAGAAGCCUCUGUGUCAGCUCCAGAGAGCCAGGCUGCAGAGGUGUCGAGUACAAGAGAGUGGGACGUUCAGUGUCCCUCUGCACAGAGUGACUCCUGUCAUAGUGACAACUUGGCAUGAUCCAACCGAGAAGCUUAUUUAAAUCCUCGUCCUUGUCGUCGUUAUUGAUGAUUGCAUUAAUCAUCCACUGUUGCAUUCCCACAACACAGCCAGUGCUCACGAGCUGUCUUCUCCACCGCUUUAGUCAAUAAAAGAGAGAGAAAGCACUUUUUCAGCCACCACUGACAAAGCUCGAAGUGCACUUUGUAUCCAGACAAGCUUGUUGCUGCACAGGAACAGAAAAUCUUCAAAUCGAUGGAGUUGCAAACUUCAUGCCCUGCAGGAAGAAUUUAGCUAGGAAAAUAACAAAUAUGGCAACAUGCAUUCCUAUGCCCCAUAUUUCCUUUCCCCUGCGAUAAGAUAAUCCCACUUGUUUGCUUUCUUCUUCCUAAGGGAUGUUAAUAAACUGAAUGCUGCAUUUUUUGUCACUCUUAGAUGAGUUCAAAUUUUCAUACCAAAACUUGUAAUGAAUGUGCACAUAAUUGUGAAUUAUUUAAUCUUAAUACCGGAGAUUCUAUUGAUGUCUGUUCAGCAUUAUGGGUGAAUCUUAUUAAUGAGUCCAUUUUUAUUUUUCCAUAUUUAACAGUUGAUUUUUGAACUACACUACAUGUGCCUUAUAUGUGGAACUCGCUGAUAUUUAUAAAUGUAUAAACCUGCA